AUGAUGAUUAGACUCGUGGAAAAAGGGACUACACUUACUUGGGGCCCUGGACUUUCCAGUGACCCUGAAAGUGAGGCGAUCGCCGCUCCUACUUCUGUUGCUGUUGUUGUUGUUGCUGCUGUUGCUGUUGCUGUUGCUAUUGCUGCUGCUGUGUCCACCUCGACCUCGAGGAUGGGGGCAGCGGAGCGCGAUGGCGUUGCGAUUAAAAAGCUCUCGAGACUCUUCAAGUCUGUCCUGGGCUUUGAGGUGGACAAUAGCACCUUCACAGAGGCCCAAAUCAGGGCCAUGUUCUACCCCAAGUUCAAAAAUGAUAAAUCCGAUCAGAAGACAAGGACCAAAAUGAUUGAUAUGGUGUCCCAUGGGCUUGCAAACUUGAAGGUUACACUCAAGCAUUCUAGUUCCCUCUUCAUGUAUGAUGGUCACCAUGGUGGUGCAUAUGUGAAGAAUAGCUUCGGGAAUUCAGUCAUAUUCUUCAUCCCUGCUGUUGCACGCUGUGGGGGAGCUUGGGACCAGCAUCAGCUGGCGGAAGAAGAGGAUGUCGACCCGCUUCCAGAGGACAUUCUUCAUCAGAUACAUGCCCAUAUGCCGAUGUGA